AGAUGUGGAAGUCUGUAGUAGGUCAUGAUGUAUCUGUUUCCGUGGAGACCCAGGGUGAUGAUUGGGACACAGACCCUGACUUUGUGAAUGACAUCUCUGAGAAGGAACAACGGUGGGGAGCAAAGACCAUCGAGGGGUCUGGACGCACAGAGCACAUCAACAUUCACCAGCUGAGGAACAAAGUGUCAGAGGAGCAUGAUGUUCUCAAGAAGAAGGAGAUGGAAUCAGGGCCCAAAGCAUCCCACGGCUACGGAGGUCGGUUUGGGGUGGAAAGAGACCGAAUGGACAAGAGUGCUGUGGGCCAUGAGUAUGUUGCUGAGGUGGAGAAGCACUCUUCUCAGACUGAUGCUGCCAGAGGCUUUGGGGGCAAAUAUGGAGUUGAGAAGGACAGGGCAGACAAGUCAGCUGUUGGCUUUGAUUACAAAGGAGAAGUGGAAAAACACACAUCUCAGAAAGAUUAUGCCAAGGGCUUUGGUGGUCAGUAUGGCAUCCAAAAAGACCGAGUGGAUAAGAGUGCUGUUGGUUUCAAUGAAAUGGAGGCCCCAACCACAGCUUAUAAGAAGACAACACCCAUAGAGGCUGCUUCCAGUGGCGCCCGUGGACUGAAGGCAAAAUUUGAAUCCAUGGCUGAGGAAAAGAGGAAGCAGGAAGAAGAGGAGAAGGCACAACAGAAAGCCAGGCAGCAACAGGAGAGAAAGGCCUUGGUAAAGAUGAGCCAUGAGGCUCAGCCACCAGUGGCCACUAUGGAAGAGCCGGUGGUGUCAGCCCCAUUGCCCAAGAAAAUCUCCUCAGAGGCCUGGCCUCCAGCAGGGAGCUGUCUGUCAUCAGAGUGUGGGCCUGUGAGAACCAGUAGGAAACAACCAGUGCCUACCCAGCCCCCAAGGCAGAAUCUCCCAGAGGACAAUGAGGAGCCCCCAGCUCUGCCCCCCAGGACUCCAGAAGGCUUCCAGAUGGAGGAAGAGCCAGUGUAUGAAGAAGCGCCUGAGCCUGAGCCCGAGCCUGAACCAGAGAAUGACUAUGAGGAUGUUGGGGAAAUGGACAGACAUGAGCCAGAUGGGGAACCAGAGGGCGACUAUGAAGAUGUGCUCGAGCCUGAGGAUCCCUCUUUUUCCUCCACUCAGGCUGGAUCAUCAGGCUGCCCGGCUGGGGCUGGGGCUGGGAUCUCAGCUGUAGCCCUGUAUGAUUACCAAGGAGAGGGAAGUGAUGAGAUUUCCUUUGAUCCAGAUGACAUCAUCACUGACAUUGAGAUGGUGGACGAGGGCUGGUGGCGGGGAAGUUGCCACGGCCACUUUGGACUCUUCCCUGCAAAUUAUGUCACGCUCCUCCAGUAACUGUGGCUGUCUGUCUUCUGCACUGUGACUUCCCUUGUCCCAACUGCCUCCACCCGCUUUCCAUUUCUGCUGCAAGUGUCUGACAGGAUGUCAUGAGUUGCCUGAAGCUCUAGACAGACUUGUCUCUCCCUCUCCAUU